AGAGAAGUUAAGUGACUUGUCCAGGGACACACAGCAGAUCAGUUAGCAGAGCCAGAAGGCUAUAUUCGUUACCAUGAUAUUGCUGAUUGCAUUUGGAGUCUUGCUUCAAGAAGUUUUAGUGAAUAGCCAAGAAGAAACACCUACGGAAGUUGAACCCAUUCCAAGAGAACCAUUAUAUAACUACAAAAACCUUAACUUGCCAGAAGAGCACAUUCCUUACUUUUUGCACAGUAAUCGGCAUAUUGCCAUGGCCUGCAAGCAAGACUCGCACUGUCCAUAUAAAAAACAUCUGGCAUAUUUAAAAUCCUGUUGGGGCUAUGAGAAAUCAUGCAAGUCAGAGUUCAGGUUUGGAUAUCCCAUUUGCAAUUAUGUUGAUGUGGGAUGGACAGACAGCAUUGAAUCAGCUCAGGAGAUAUUCUGGAGGCAGGCUGAUUUUGGUUAUGCCAAGGAAAGACUGAAUGAAAUGCGGACUUUAUGCCAACCCGUGGAAGCAGGAGAUUCAUGGCUAGCCUGCUCACGUUAUCUUCAGCAUUGCAGAGCAACAAACUUAUACAUUGAUUUAAGAACAGCAAAGAGAAAUCAUGACAGAUUUAAAGAGGAUUUUUUCCAGAGUGGGCAAAUCGGAGGUCAUUGCAUCCUUGAUGUUCACACAUUAAUGUCUGAAGGGCAAUGCAAAAGCCCUCUGCAAUCUUGGUUUGCAGAACUACAGGCUUAUACACCGCUUGGUUUCAGACCUAUAGAAGAUGGAAAAUGUGACAUUGUUAUUGAAAAGCCAACAUACUUAAUGAAAUUGGAUGCAGGUGUUAACAUGUAUCACCAUUUCUGUGAUUUUAUCAAUCUUUACAUUACUCAGCAUGUUAACAAUUCAUUCAGUACAGAUGUCAACAUCGUCAUGUGGGACACUAGUUCCUAUGGAUAUGGUGACCUCUUCAGCGAAACCUGGAAGGCAUUUACUGACUAUGACAUUAUACAUUUGAAAACAUAUGAUUCUAAACGGGUAUGUUUUAAAGAAGUGGUCUUUUCAUUACUUCCCCGAAUGAGAUAUGGGUUGUUUUAUAAUACACCAUUGAUAUCUGGAUGUCAAAAUACAGGAUUAUUUAGGGCAUUUUCUCAGCAUGUACUGCACAGAUUAAACAUCACACAAGCAGGACCCAAGGAAGGAAAAAUUCGAAUCACCAUCCUUGCACGUAGUACAGAAUACCGGAAGAUACUGAACCAAGAUGAGCUUGUGAAAGCACUGAAAACAGUAUCUGCAUUUGAUGUCCAGGUAGUGGAUUACAAGUACAAAAAACUUGGGUUUUUAGAUCAGUUGAGAAUCACACACAACACAGAUAUAUUUGUUGGCAUGCACGGAGCUGGCCUCACCCAUCUACUUUUCCUGCCAGACUGGGCUACUGUUUUUGAACUAUACAAUUGUGAAGAUGAACGCUGUUAUUUAGACUUAGCUAGACUGAGAGGAAUUCAUUAUGUCACCUGGCAAAAAAAGAACAAAAUCUUUCCUCAAGAUAAGGGUCAUCACCCAACUCUAGGAGAACACCCCAAGUUUACCAACUACUCCUUUGAUGUGGAAGAGUUUAUGUAUCUUGUACUCCAAGUGGCAGACCAAGUAACUCAACAUCCAAAGUGGCCGUUUAAGAAGAAGCGGGAUGAAUUAUAGAUCAUAUCUCGUUUAUUUUUUAAGAAAUCAUUUAUCAAUUUCACUGGAGUCAAAAGGACCUAAAUGGUAUCACGAUUCAGUUGAUAUGUCACAACUGAGUCCUUAUAUUUGCCAAAGCAUACUUCCAGAAUUUGGAGCUAUAUUGUGUCUGUGAUUGAUAGUUGAUUGAUUCUUCAAUCAGAAAACUUACCACAGAUGGCAGACCCCCAGUCUUCUGAUUCCUAAGAGCAAUGCUCUUUGCACUGGACCAACAAGGCUAAAAAGAAGUCGGCAGUGUAAUUGAAUUGAAAAAGUGAAACUUCAACUAUAACAUUUCAGUCAUUCAUUUAAUCGUAUUUAUUGAGCACUGUACUAAGCAUUCGGGAGGGUACAAUAUAGCAGUAAACAGGCACAUUCCCUGUCCACAAUGAGCUUAGAGUCCAGAGGAUGAAUUUAUGAUAGCAGUUUUAUCCAAUUUAUGAUGCUCAAUCCUGUGGCCAGAAAUAGAUAAUUCAUUUUAUGGCAAAAUUAGAAAAUAUUUAGAAUUAGUAUCAACAGUAUUUGAAUGCCUACUGUGUGCUGAGCACUAUACUGAGUGCAUUACAGCAUAUAAAUCCUUGAUUGUCCUGACUACAGAUACUUUGUUUGUGUAUGUGUAUGUAUGUAUGUAUGUAUUUUCUAGUUUUGUGUUGCCCAACCACAAAGAAGCUGUUGUUUUUUAAGGGUCAUAAACACAUUAUUAGGGGUUGAGCAUAUUUAUUAUCGCAACUGUACUGUCAAAGCUGAACUAUUUUUUAUCAGUAUUUUUCAUGUAGUUCCGCUACAACUUUAAAUUGUAUGAUAAGAAUCUCAACAUAUUGGUUACACUGUUUAAAAAUAUCACUACCGUUCUUAGUGUAGAAUGUUAAGAAAUUACCAGGAGGAGUAUUUACCUGAAACAAAGUUGCAGUUUGGCAGAACUUGAUUUUAAAAAUUCUAAAUCUAAAAAAAACACAGUUUCUGUAUUUGUAUUCUUACCUUAUUUGAAAAAGUUUUUAAGAGCAUGCGAUCCUGUAAAAGAAGCAGUAAUUUUCAGAAAAUGAAAAUUGAGAGAAAACUAUUUAAUGGUUGCAAUUUGCACGGACACUUUUUAAGAUAGAAGUAAAUUUUUUAUGACCAGGAAGAUACCAUGUAAAAAGACACUAUUAAUGUGGUAAAUUUUUAUAUGAGCUGACGUAUUAUGUCAUUUUCAACAUAUUUUUAAAGUGUGAAUUCUUUUAUUAAUCAAGUUCUUGAAGUGCACCAGUUAAUGUUGUGAAUGGACUGUACUCAUCUUGAUGUAUAUUUUUAAUGUGGUAUUGAAAUAAAUCUUUUUGCAUUUUAUUCAAAUGAUGGAAUUAUUAGUAAAGGAUUUUGAAUGAUCUCAA